AUGCAAUCAUCAUCAGCUCGUAUGAGAUCAACAACAUUAGAUCGGUCAUUACAGAAAACUAAAGGAGAUGUUAAUUUAACUACAUUUGCUUUAUUAUUUUCUGAAAUGGUACAAUAUUCACAAAAUCGUGUUGAUAAUAUACAGGAUCUUCAAAAUAAAUUAGCUGAUUUUGGUAAACAUGUUGGUGUUCGAAUACUUGAUCUAUUUUUUUUACGUAAUGGAAAAGAUAAACGUGAAGUACGUCUUACUCCAAUGCUUAUAUUUAUUCAAAAAACAUUUUGGAAAUUCUUAUUUAAUCGCGAAGCUGAUCAUCUUGAACAACAUGCUCAAGAAGCAAAUGUUUAUUAUAUUAUUGAACGUGAAUGUCUCGUUAAUAAAUUUAUUUCUGUACCAAAAGAUAAAGGAAAUUUAAAUUACGCAUCAUUUGUUGCUGGUAUUAUAGAAGGUAUUUUAUGUACAAGUGGUUUUACAUGUAAAGUUCAUACACAUCAAGCACCUCGUGGUACAACUCAUGUAAUAACUUUUGCACAAUCAGUUAUGGAUCGCGAAAGUCGAUUAGAUGCAAAAUAA